AUGAUUGCUAUGAGUGACGAGACCGAAGCAUUAUAUUUAGGCUUUGACUUAUCAACACAGCAACUUAAAUGUUUGGUGAUCGACCAAAACCUAAAGCUGCUGCACUCCGAAACGAUUGGAUUUGACAAAGAUCUAUGCCACUACAAGACCGAAAAGGGCGUUUAUUUCCGCGAUGAUGGUACUGCAGAGUGUCCUGUAGCCAUGUGGCUGGAGGCUAUCGAUAUGGUUUUCGAUAGAAUGAGCAAGCAAAAGCAUAUCGACUUAAGUCUCGUGAAGGCAAUGAGUGGUUCAUGCCAGCAACAUGGGUCCGUUUAUUGGACAAAGGAAGGUCCAAAGCUCUUGAAAAAGCUUGAUGUGAAGGAGACUUUGAAGAACCAGCUGUCACCUCAAGCAUUCUCGAGAAAUGUAGCUCCAAACUGGCAAGACCACAGUACUGGUGAGGAGUGUCAAAAAUUCGAAGAUAGCUGUGGAGGGGCCGCGCAACUGGCCAACAUUACAGGCUCCCGCGCUCAUCACAGAUUUACUGGCCCUCAAAUGAUGAAAAUUUCGAAAAAGGAGCCCGAGACAUAUGCCAAGACGGACAAGAUUUCUCUUGUGUCAUCCUUUUUAGCGUCAAUACUCGCUGGUGAAUAUACGCCUCUGGAGGAAGCCGAUGCUUGUGGAAUGAAUCUUUACGAUGUUGAGAAGCGCGACUAUGAUGAGGCUCUCCUGCAGAAUGUGGAUCAAGACACCAAGCGACUCAGGAAAAAGUUGGGUGGUAAUCCGAUACCUUCUGAACAUCCUAAGCCAGUGGGCACAUUAUCCUCUUAUUUUGUUGAGAAGUAUGGAUUGAAUCCUAGCUGUCAAAUAUUUCCUUUCACGGGCGAUAACUUAGCGACCAUCUGCUCAUUACCAUUGAAGCCAAACGACGUUCUAGUGUCGCUCGGUACAAGCACAACAAUUCUGCUUGUAACAGAUCAGUACCAUCCUUCUCCCAAUUAUCAUUUGUUCCUGCAUCCAACCAUCCCGCAUCAUUACAUGGGCAUGAUUUGUUAUUGCAACGGUGCCCUGGCUAGGGAAAGCAUACGCGACCAGCUAAGUAAUAGCCACGACUUAGAGCUUUUCAAUAAGGCGGUUAAUUCCAGUAUGCUCAACAACGAUAAUGAAAUCGCUUGUUAUUUUCCGUUGGGGGAAAUUGUGCCUAACGUGCCAAGUUCGUACCGUAGGGCAACAUUUUCAAAGUCUGCAGAUGGAAUGGGUGUUCAACUGAAGUUGAAGGAUGCGUUUGAUAGCGUCGAACAUGAUGCGAAAAACAUUGUAGAGUCACAAGCACUGAGCUGCCGCGUCAGGAUUAGUCCACUUCUGUCCAAAGACUGUGCCGAUGUGAAUUGCAAGAUGGGCGAUUCUGUGGUACACUUCGACUGUGACAACUUCCCCCUUUCUGAAUACACCAAGCGCCCAAGAAGAGCAUUCUUUGUGGGAGGAGCGUCCAAAAAUGAUGCCAUUGUCAACCGCUUCGCACAGAUCUUGGGCGCUACCGAGGGUAACUAUAGACUGGAGACCCCAAACUCAUGUGCCCUGGGUGGCUGCUACCGGGCUUUGUGGUCACAUCUCUAUUACGAGGGUGUGACAUCCGCUGCAUUUGACCAAUUCUUAAACAAAGCGUUCAGAUGGGAGACAGAUGUUCAGUCGCUGGGAGUGACAGAUGAAAAGAGCUGGCUGCACUACAACAGCAAAAUACAUGCAUUGAGUGAACUCGAGAAGACUUUAUAG